AUGCCGGGCAAGAGAGCAAAGAAGCUGCCGCGCUCAUGGUCCAUGUUCCCUGAUCUCCACGACCCAGUCGCCAAGAAACUUGAAGAAGAUCAGCUCGACUACACCUUCUUCGAAAAGGACGAGGAUCUUGGCACCAUCCGUACCUACGACACCAACAUCAUCGGGCGGUUCAUAUGCCACAACAACAAAUGCUCCUCCCCCGGCUGGAAGAGCAUGGUCGUGGCCAUCACGAUCCGCGCGUACUCCCGCAACCGCUAUAAUGUCCGCGUGUACCACCAGCGCUGCCUCAAAUGCAACCACUUAAGCAAGCCGAAUCUCAACGAAGAGACCUAUGUCGACAGAGUCUCUUACCGCAUCAGGAAGUGGAAUGGAGUUGAGGUUGAAAAGCCCCAGUACUAUGAGAAGUCCACGGCGCCUCACGAGGAACGUCACUGCGAGGGAUGCAAGGCCGGACACUGCAAGAAGGGAAGAUAG